CUUGAAAUUACUCCACAUAAUAAAUACGAUUAAGUUAUCAUUUAGGGCUUCGUAAUGCCACUUUCAUUCACCCGUUUACCCAUCCCACUAAUUUGUUUUCUUUGUGUGACCAAGAGAAAUUUCCGUCACGAUUUAGUUGGACGACUUCAUCGUUUGGCAGUCGCCCCAUCAGGCGGCUCAGCAAGUGCGUAUUUAUAUGGAACAGCGGUAGCCGGACGAAUAAUGGUCGGCCCACCUCGGGUGCCAUUAAAUGUUGCGAAUUAGCCAUAACAAACAUUACCGCCCAUCUUGCUUUCGGGCUGGCAGUAAGGGCAGUGGAGCGAUUUGUGGAGGAGCAGCACCUAACCAAGCCAACUUAAUGGCCGAACUUCGAGUGUGAAAGUGAAAUUUAUUACACUUGAAUUUGAGAAACGAAAAUCAGAGCUAGUACAGAGUGGCGGAAAGGGGGCGAUGGCCGAACGUGUUGGCUAAUUCCAUGCGGUUCGAGGGGCGCUAAUUAAAAGCCAAGCUAGCCGUGCUAACCGUGCCUAUCUGGGGCCUUUCCAUCUCAUUGCAGUCGAGCGCCUGAUCAAACAGUGGGCACCGAUCGUCUGGCUGGCGCCGGAGGAGAAAUUCAUGCCGCUGGGCGUGGAGGAGUUUCUGCAGUAUGUUCAUCCCAUGGACAAGGAUAGCAGCUUCCGGCCAGGAGUUCCGUUUCGCGAGUAUUCAACGAAAUCCCAUCUGGUCACGAACAAUGAAGUUCAGGAGCUGCUGGGCAACGACAAAUCCUUUCUGUACGGACGAAAUCCUAAUGAGAAAGCUGUGCCCAUCUAUGGAGUGGUCAACUUGUGUCCUUCGACGAGGGCACCGGCAAUGCCGGUUGUGCCCACAACGCCACCAACUACCACACGAGGUGUCUACAUUCCCGUGUCCAUUGAUCCGCUGGAGGAACGGAAUGACACCAUUCGAAGAUCGUCCAGGCUGUUCCCACUCUUUCAGCGAGUUAAACGGGAGUCACCAACCGUGCCCCAGUACAAUCAACUCAACGAGUACGAAGAACUGGUAAUGGAAGCCACCCAAAAGCCCAGCGUACAGCAGGAUUCCGAGCCAGAGCCGGAAAACGGAGUACCAGUGAACAAUUUUAUUGCCAACCUGGCGGACAAUGUAAAGUUCAGCGGCGGCACAUAUCCCGAUGACAAUCUGGAGGAGAACAGCAUUGGCCAAGCGCCCGAAAAGGAGGAGGGCCCAGGAAAGGGCAAGCUGCCGGGUUUUCAUGUGACAUACUGGAUGUUUUAUCCCUACAGUCAGGGUAAGACCAUGUGCACCGUGAGCUUGGGUCCUCUGGGAAGGAUUCCCUUUCCUGCUGUGUAUGGAUAUUGUCUGGGCAAUCGUAAGGAUAUCGGCAGCCACGUGGGCGAUUGGGAGCACAUGAGCCUCUAUUUCAACGGCGAUGCCGAGCCACAGGCCAUGUAUGUAUCCGCCCACGAUGCGGGAGCCUAUUACAGCUAUAAUCGGUUGACGGGAUCCUUCGAGUUCCGACGCCAGGAAACGCGCAAGGGUAUCUUGCAGCGCCCCAACUUCCCCAAAACGGUGACAACCUUCAAGAACCAUCCAGUUCUGUUUGCCGCCAAGGGGUCACAUGGUCUAUGGACCGCGCCAGGAAAGCAUCGCUUUGUUAAAGUGGCACGCCUGUAUGAUAUUAAUGGAUUCGGAACGCCAUGGAACACUUGGAAGGCCGUGGACAUAAGCUACGAGAACCUGAGAUCCUAUGGUCGGUCGCUGGUGCCGGAUUGGCUAACAUAUCGCGGCAAAUGGGGUAAUCCCAAGAGCAAUUGCCAUCCCUUCCGGCGGAUCGGUUUGAAUUUCUGUGAGUUUACGGAUGGACCCACGGGUAUUCCACUCAAGGAACCCCACUUUCAAUGCGGUGCUGAUUAUCGCUAGCGACGCAGUCGGAAAAUAGGUCCCUUGCCUAGGCUUAGUCUAGAGUUUAAAAAAGUAUUUAUUACCCAAAAAAGAUCCCUUAAAGAUUAAAAAUUAAUAGAAAAUAU